UUGUUGUUGAUUAAUGUAUAUUAUAUAUUCCAGGCUAAAUGACUAUGACAGAAACAACAGCUUCAAAUCAAAUAAAAAUGAUAAUUCUAAUCUCUCAAGUGAGAUUAAUUAUGUAAUAGAAUGGCCAGAAGAAAAGUUAUACAAAAGUGUGGAUUCAACAACAGUUUUACCCAAUUUUGACAUUAUUAACAUAAAUACGUAUUUCCUUGAAUUGUAUAAAGACAGCAUAGGAAUGUCAGAUUAGGGUCGCAUGGUCAACAAUGGAUCAGUGGUACACAGAUGAUCACACACACAUCUGCGCCAUUUAUUAAUGCAACACUAAACCAAAUACGUAACCGUGUCUCGUUUGCGAACCCCCUCCCACUCCCGCAGUCGCCGCGCGGACGCGCUCACCAACAGACGCGAGAGCCGGCCGUUUUAAUUUUCGGGAGCAAAAACUGUCGCUAAAAAAUGCCGAGGAAUAGAGUAGAAGAACGAAAAGUAGGUGCUCAUACACAUGAGCAAAUGCGUGAAGCAUUACAGGCCAUAAAAGAUGGAAAAAGUAUUAGACAAGCUGCUGCUGACCAUAAUAUUCCUUUUACAACACUCCAAAGGUAUCAAGCCAAAGAAAAAAAUGCGCAAAACCAGCUGACAAGGUUGACUCCUAACUACGCCGUGAACCAAGUAUUUUCUAAGGACCAAGAGCUAAUAUUGAAACAAUAUUACAUAAAAUGUGCAAGCCUUUUCUAUGGUCUUUCUGUUAAGGAUUGUAGACAAGUUGCUUACGAAAUGGCCAAAAUUAAUGGCAUCAGAAUGCCAAAGACCUGGACAGACAACCAAUUGGCUGGAAUAGAUUGGCUAAGGGGUUUCCGCCAACGACAUCAGGAUUUGACGCUGCGUAAACCCGAGGCGUGCAGCUUAGCACGAGCAUCGGCUUUUAAUAGAGAGACCGUCAGUCAUUUUUAUGAUAACUUGGAGGACGUGAUCAAGCGCCAUCCUGCAUUUGCUGAUGGUACAAGAAUUUAUAACUUGGAUGAAACCGGUACCACCACUGUGCAAAAGACCCAACGGAUUAUAGCGCCAAAAGGUAGACGAAACCUCUGUAAAGUCACCAGUGGUGAGAAAGGGACACUUGUCACUACUUGCAACAUCAUAAGCGCUGGGGGUCAGGCAGUUCCACCAGUGCUUGUCUUCCCACGAAAAAAUACAAACCCUCGCAUGGCUGUUGGUACCCCACCUGGAUCACUGAUUCUGGCAAACCCAUCUGGGUGGAUGAAUAGUGAGCUGUUCUUGGAUGUAAUGAAGCAUUUUAUACGAAGAACUGGAACUACUAAAGAAUACCCAUCGAUUUUGAUUAUGGAUAACCAUGAGUCUCACCUUUCCAUAGAAGCGCUUGAUCUCGCUAAAGAGUCUGGGGUUACUGUGCUUACAUUGCACCCACAUACAUCAGCACGACUGCAACCACUGGAUGUUGGUAUUCACGGACCCUUCAAAACAUUUUACUAUUCCGCCAUGAGUUCCUGGAUGUUACGCAAUCCUGGAUGCCCUGUAACUAUUUACGACGUGGGAGCAUUAAUUGGACAGGCUUUCGCAAAGUCUAUGACACCUUCUAAUAUAAUACAAGCAUUCAGAAAAACGGGAUUUUUUCCUUUUGAUCGAUACGUUUUUACCGACGAGGACUUUGCACCCAGCAGUGUUACUGAUAGACCUGAAAAUGCUCAACCUGAAAGUGAUUUUAGUGGAGAACACGCAAUUACUGACCAGCAACCGAUUUUAGAGCUAGAAGAGAACACACUUAAUUUACAAAUAACUCAUUCUCCUAGACCUUCUAAUAAUAGCACUACUGAAGCAUCUGGAAAUACAAUGAGUCCAUCUCUAAUUGAAAAUUUUGUCGAUUAUUCAGAAAUUACUUCGAUGCCAGUAUUUUCCACUCCAGAAAAAUCUAUUUUAAUUGAUAUAUCUAAUGUUUUGCCUCUUGACGGUUCUGCAACUCAACAUGCAGUUAUUAUGUCCACUACUUUUCCUGAAAGUGAGUCAACUUCUUCAUCUGGAAUCAAAUCUAUCAUUACUCCUGAACAGUUUCGGAAGCCACUUAGAGCACCUACAAGAACUGGAAAGAGGAAGCCAAGAAAAUUAGGUAAAAGUCUUAUAGCCACUGACACUCCUGAAAAAAAUGCUAUUGCAGAACAGAAGGCAGCCAAAAGGAAGAAAGAAACUAAGACUAAAGGGAUAGGAAAGAAAGCUAUUCGUCAAGUGCUGCAAAGUGAUUCAGAAGAUGAAAAUGACAUGAUACUGAACGACGAAACAGACGAUGAAGGAGACUGGGUUGAAAGUGAAGAGACCAUUAUAACAGAGGAUUUACUAAAACAACCACUCCUGCAAUUACCAAAGGAAAGUCAAUACGUAUUGGUGCAAUUUUGUUCCAAGAACCAAAAGAUAUUUUUUGCUGGCAAAAUUCUCGAGGAACGAAAUCCCAAUACGUUAGAAUUUUAUGUGUCUUUUUUAAGAUACAAAAAAGGGAAAUUUGUUUUGCCUGAUGUCCCUGAUUUAUCGUACGUGAAAGAUGACGACAUAAGGCUAAUAUUGCCGACGCCUACCGUUAGUGGUAGUACGGCCAGGCAACAGUCAUAUUAUUCAUUUCCUGUAGAUUUAAGUCACAUUAACAUUCGUUGAGUUAUUUAUUUUUAAAUUCUUUGAUAGAUAUUUUUAGUAGAAGAUAAUGCCUAAGACUAACUUUUAAAAUCUGUGAUUUAAGAUAAGAAUUGUUAUUAUUUUACUAUUUCUUAAGAUAGUUGAAAAUAAAAAAAAGAAAUCUUUACUAGCGAUAAAGAAGUAACGUUCAAGACUUAGUAGAUUCUAGUUAAUUUUAUAGCAAUAUUCAAUGAAGACUGUAAAAGUACAAAGUUCCUUUAAGUUUCAUAGAAUUUUUUUUUUGUUAUGUCUCUUGUGGUUAGUAAUGUUUACGAUGCUUAAAAAUAAACAUGCAGUUGAUUAUUUA